UGUUUAAUAAACUGAGCUGUUGCCCCUUAGAAUGGAAUGUUGCCCUAGUCAUGGGGGUAUUUUUAUCUCUCUCUCUCUCUCUCUCUCUCUCUCUCUCUCUCUCUCUCUCUCACACACACACACACACACACACACACACACACACCCUAAAAGGGCUUUUCACACUUUCUCAUUGGCCAUUGGGGUGGUGUGUGUGAAGCUGUCAGAGCUGAUCCGAGCGCACAGCUGAUCCACCCAGACCGAUGCCAUGUCCUCGGGGAAGUAUUCAGGAUGGUACACAAAUGCGUUAUUAGAGGAACCUGCUGUAAUUUGAGCUUCUGAUCAACCAAACUUUCUUCAGUUGAGACUCCACCCUUGUUUUUCCAAUUUGAGGUGUUGAUAUCGUCUUAAUCACACACCAGGAAUUAUACUUCAGACUUCCAAAGUGAGUUCAUGAUAUGGACAAAAUGGAAAAUGUAGCCCAGGAGUCCAGAGCUGAACGGAUAGCUCGCUACAAAGCAGAGAGACGGCGAGAGUUGGCCGAACGUUACGGCAGCCAGGAAGAGGAGCUUCCAUCUAAGUGGUCGAGAAGAGAGAGGGAAGGACGCGCCAUCCGUGACUCCAACUAUUCGGAUAAGUCUGUUUCGGGAGGAAUGAAUGGAGGGAUGGGGAGGAAUGGACAAACGCCACUGGAAGAGAGGCCUGUUCCUGCAAAGAUCUCCAAUGGGUGUGAGGUGAACGCCCGUGGAGAGAACACACACCAAAACAGGGAAAGUUUGUUGGGCUCGUCUGGUACAGUGGCUGGGGAAAACUCUCCAGACUCCCAUGGGCCCUCAACCCCUGAAACUCCCCAGUUACACACUCAUGUAUCAGUAGGCCAGCUGAAGAACGCUCUUCUACAGCAUACCUCGAGCCCAGCUCCGUCUGAUAGAGUCGCCACUGAUGGUGGCGUGGUGGCCUUGACUCUUGACCUCGCAGUUCAACCAGUUGCGGAGGGAAGUCGUCGGCGUACCCGUCGAUACAUGCCAGGGGAUUCUGCAGGGAGCCGCAAAAAUAGUGAACGUUUUCGAACUCAACCCGUUACAGCCUACGAGAUAAAGGACAGCUGCGGAAGAAUGGACAAUGAAAAUCAAGACACCUCACAAAUGGAUGUAAAGACAGAUGACAGAGCCAAGAUGAGUGUAGCUGCCAAGAUGUCUCUGUUUAAAGAGUUGGAGAAGACAGCUUCACCUGAGGCUUCCUCGUUCCUCAAACCUCGCUCCAGUAACAGUUUCCAUGAGCGCAGAGUUCGUCGUAACAACGAUCCUCGGGCACUCACUCAGCCAAUCACCUUUGACGAAACAGCGAUGGCAGCGAGUCCGCAGCGGGGUGAGGCAGGUGAGGCUGAACCUGAGGUGGAGGAUGAUGCUGGCACCAAACUGUCGAUGAGUGAGAAACUGGCUCUCUUCAACAAACUGUCUCAGCCCAUAUUGAGUGCUGUGGGGAGUUCCGCAAGAGACGGCAGCCCUUUAGAGGCCUCUGAGAGACGCAGACAGAAGGGGGCACGUUACCGCACGCAGCCCAUCACUGUGGAUGAGGUCAAUUUGCUUCAGAAAGGGCCUGUUGAGCUUCCUCGUCUUCAUCUGGCACCUCACCUCUCUGACCGACAGCAGGCUGAGUCCAUCAAUCUGAAGCCCAGUGAAGUGCAUCUCUCUGGGCUGAGCUCUUCUCAGGAGUGGGGUUCCUCUUCUGAACUCUCCUCAUCAUCCCAUCUGAAGCCUGCAUCAGACAGCAACUCCCAGAAUGCAGUGCAGAUUAAAGGCAUCUUGAAAAAGAGCUCUUCAGAGGGAGUGGUGUGGAGGAGUGAAAGCAAAGACAGGGAUAACCUGAACGGACACGGCCUGGAGCAGAAUGGGAGGGAGAGGAGAGAGAGGAGAUAAGAGAGACAUAUGACACCUGUGGAUCAAUCUCCAGCUCCUCUCUCCAGCGCUCCCUGGAGGCAGAGGGCAAGGAAGGAAGCCUCUGCAUCCUCUGGCAGAACACGGAGAUCUGCUCCAAAGCCUGAGGAACGUCCGUCUCUAUCAGAGGACCACCAGAUCACAGAACAGAGCAGAGAAUCAGCCAUCAGCGACAGGCUGACAGACUCAAAAGGAACUGAGAAAGAAGAGGAGAAGCAGAGUGCUAAGGAAAAGUGCAAUAUCAGUCUAAGCAGUGCGCCACAGGAUGAGAGCGUCACUACAGCUGAGUCUAAUCCCCAAACUCAAUGCUGGGAGCCUGUGUUUUCCUCUGUAUAUUCUCGUUCAAGUUCCACACCUCAAUAUGUGAUGUUUUUCAACGAGAGGAGUCUUUCUUAUGAAGCUCAGGAGGUUUCCACAACCACUCAAACUCAACCACAGGUGACGGGGAGAGUCAAGGCAAGCUGUGAGGAGGAAGACUCUCCCAAACUCAUCUUUACAGAAACACAAACCGUUUGUGCCAGUGAAGUCCAAGAGAGUGAGAUGUUUGGUGCUGAGAUGACCUCUGAACCCUCUUCAUUACCAGCGUGUCCGACCACCGGAGGAGACACAGAGCCGGACCUGAGCACUCUCUGUCAGACCAACACACCAAUUUUGAGCUCAGCUGUAGCCGAGCACAGACGCUCAGUUCGGCCGUCCCGCAGGACCCAGGGUUCAAGGAACCCAUUACGUGCUCUUGCUGCUCGAGAAGAUAUCCAGCAGGAUUUCAUGCAGUCUGAAGAAAACAGUGAAAUGGAGAAUAAUACAGCUAUGAAAAAUUCUAACUGCACCCCGGCUGAUGUCUCUUCCUCUGGAAAAGGGAGCAGACCCACAGUGCCAUACAACAAACUUAUGCUCAUCCAGAUUAAAGGGUGGAGGCAGGUGCAGGUGCGGUUGGUGGAGCCGGUAUCACGCUCUCUUAACAGUGGCGACUGCUUUCUGCUGGUCACACCUUCACACUGCUUCCUCUGGACUGGCAAACUCUCCAACACCAUUGAGAGAGAAAAGGCGUCUGAAAUGGCUUCGGUGAUUGUGACCCAGAGGGAUCUGGGUUGUCAGGCAACAGGUGUUGUUCACCUGGAUGAAGGUGUAAAUACUGACAGCCUGCAGGCAGCAGAGUUCUGGAACCUUCUCGGGGGACAGACCCAGUAUAAAGGUCCAGACAGUGCAGAUGAUGAUGAGCACUAUGAGAGAGCCAUAUCAGAGUCAAACUGUAUUUAUAGACUGCAGGGGGACAGACUCAGUCCUCAUGAGCAGGGCUGGGCGGUCGUACCGGAGCUCAGUCUUCUGAACUCCUCUCAGACUCUGCUGUUUGACUUCGGCAGCGAGCUCUAUUUGUGGCACGGGAAAGAUGUCGGCCCCAGCGAGAGGAAACUGGCCCUUCAGCUGGCUCAGCAGGUUUGGGACGGAGCGUAUGACUACAGCAACUGCAGGAUCAACCCUCUGGAUCCCUCUGGUGGCAGUGCCUAUAUUCACAAGCAGGGUAUUGGACGGCCAGACUGGGCGCUUUUUGGCCGUGUGUUUGACCAAAACGAGACGAUACUGUUCAAAGAGAAGUUUGCUAACUCAUGUGAAAAGACAAAUGUGAACAAAAAUAACAUUGCUCCAUCCACACAAGAGGAGGUGAAGACCCCCUCACUCAAGUCAUCUCCCCAGCCAGUGUCGGCUGAGCAGUGGUCAUGUGAUGCCAGAGCUCUCUUCGGUGGAGUCUGUCUCUCAGGGGUGUCUCAGAUUGUUCUGGAUGGUGUGGAUGUACGAAGAGGACGGGACACGGUCACUCUGAGUGAUGGCCGGCAGGCGGAGUUGUGUGCUCUUGCAUUGAAAGCGUGGCUUAUUUCAGAGGGUGAGGAGUGUGAAGUUUCCCCAGAGAGCUUGGGACAGUUCAAUGAGGCCAGCACAUAUGCUGUACGCUGGACGUACAGCCUCACAGCCUUAGGGGAUCAAAUGGCAAUAGGUCAGGAGCGAUCUGCUCUUUUCAUUUGGAAGGGGCGGCACUCCAAUAUCAGUGGGCGGGACCUGUCACCAGCACUGACCAAUCAGUGUAGUUCUCAGGUGUUCGUAGUAGAAGGGGAGGAGCCACCCUGUUUUCUGCAGUUGUUCCAGGGAGGAAUGGUCAUUUAUAGACAACAACAAAGCAGAGACACAGGAGGCUGGCGUCUGUUCUGUCUGAGGGGUGACGUCCCGGUGGAGGGAAGUCUGCUGGAGGUACAGUGCUCCUGCUCCAGUCUGAGGUCUCGUGGCUCACUGAUCUUGUUGAACAGCCAGCAGGGGGCGAUCUACCUGUGGCAUGGCUGCAAAGUCCACAGCAAAGCUCGUCAGGUGGCCAAGCAGACUGUCCAACGCCUCACACAAAUGUGCCCACCUGAGCUGAGUCUGAGAAAUGGCAGCUUUAUGAAUGUCCAGGAAGUGGAGGAGGGGAAAGAGCCAGCAGAUUUCUGGAAUGCUAUUGGACCACAGGACAGGAAGUCAUAUGACUGCAUGCUACAAGAUCCUGGUAAAUUUAAUUUUACCCCCCGCCUUUAUCACCUGAGUGCCCAAUCAGGAACUUUCAAAGGGGUGGAGAUUAUUAGCCCCUCCCAUGUGAACAGUGUCAUUACAGCAAUGCCCUUCCUCCAGGAGAAGUUAUAUGCCAUGCCACAUCCAGCACUGUUCCUGCUGGAUAACUAUCUGGAGGUGUAUUUAUGGCAAAGUUGUGAAUCUUCAGUCUCACAGCGCCCCCACUGGGACAAAGAGAAGAAGUGCGCCAUGGAGACUGCUUUACAAUACUGCAAAGAGAGGAAUCCCAUACGGCCUCCCAUGGCGUACCUUAUUGAUGAAGGGGCAGAGCCUCUCACCUUUACUAAUAUAUUCCCUUCAUGGGAGAUGAGACUGACACAGGAAGUACAGGACUGCACGGUGCAUAAAAAGCUGACUUUGGUGCAGGAUGCUCUAGCUGCCCUUAAUAAGACCCAGUUCCCCCUUAAGGAUCUGCUGAAGAGACCUUUACCUGAAGGAGUGGAUCCUUUACACCUGGAGAACUACCUGUCUCAACAUGAUUUCAAGGUUGCUUUGGGAAUGACAUGGAAUGACUUCAACUGUCUAUCAGAUUUACAGAAAAUGGACCUGAAGAAAAGUAAAGGACUUUACUGAGUGUCAGCAGCACUGUGACCUACACUCAGAAGCAACAUUUUAAAAGAUGUGU